AUGGCGGCAUGGAACUCGCAGCUUGCUGGAACGCUGGUAUUCUUGCGGGCUCUUCUAGUGGUGGACCGACCCAAUGAUUCGUACGCAGAAACGACCUCUAGUGCACGCAUCUUGCACAAUGCGCACAUAGGCAUUUCGAAGCCAUCGUGGUCAUUAAGGGAAGGAAAGACCUGGGAAGCCACGGGUGGCAAGACUCAUACGGAUCUCACAUCUAAGCGGUGUCACGACAUUGGAAAUAUCACCUCGAAUGAACUGAUCAGCCGAAGUACACGGGAUACGCGAUUGAUGGGAGGUUGA